AACAUUCCAGGCAUCCAGUCUGGAGAGUACUGCCUCUGUGUGGCUAGAGCAGGGGUGACCAAAGCUGAUAAAAAGAAGCUGGAGGCAAGUGUGGCCCCACCUUUCUGACCACAGAGGAGGUGGAAGGGGCAGGGAGCCAGAUAUUUCAGCUCUUCCCAGGGACAAAACAGUCUGCACACAGGGUGCAGGAUGGCCACAGAGGAGGCCAGACUCACCCCAGACAGUGAGAACAGAGGCGAAGGAACUCUGGACCCCUGUCUUCAGAGAAGAUACUGAGUCCACGGGAGGAGAGCACCCACUGACCAGAAAUGAAAGCUGGAGGCCACAAGUACUGGACCGCGCAGCGCGACGGCGAGGUGCGUCUGCACCAAGAGACGACCUCCUUCGCCAACAACAUGCCCAUCACCGUGCACGACAUGUUCAGUAGCACGGCCAUACAGUACGCCAACUACACCGCGCUCGGCUCCAAGCACGGGGACACCUGGCACAUACUCACCUACAUCGAGUACUACGAGCAGUGCCGGCGCGCGGCCAAGGCCUUCCUCAAGCUGGGCCUGCAGCGCUUCCACAGUGUGGGGAUCAUGGGGUUCAACUCAGAGGAAUGGGCCAUCUCCAGCAUUGGCGCCAUCAUGGCUGGAGGCUUCUCUGUUGGCAUGUUGUCCACCAGCUCCCCCAAAACCUGCCAGGUCAUCGUCGAAAACUCAGAGAUGGACAUUGUAGUGGUGGAUAAUGACAAGCACCUGCAAAAAAUCAUCCAGAUAAAUGGCUUCUUGGGGCGCUUCAAGGCCAUCAUCCAGUACAAGGAAGAGACCCGGACCCAGCUGGAGAACCUGUAUUCUUGGAAAGCGUUCUUGGACCUGGCAAACAGCGUCUCGGAUGACACUCUGGACCAGAUCAUCGACUCCCAGAAGCCCAACCAGUGUUGUGCCGUGUUCUACAACAUGGUGACCACCACGGACCCCCCGAGGGCCGUCAUGAUCAGCCAUGACAAUAUCACCUGGACCACAGCCGCUACUGCCCAGAGCCUGUCCUUUAAGAGCCCCGCCGAGGGGCAGGAGGUCCUGGUGAGCUACCUCCCUCUCAGCUACAUGAGGUCCCAGAUCUUUGACCUCUGGAUCCCCAUCUCAGUGGCUGGGGCCCUCUAUUUUGCCGGGAAGGAUGCCCUCAGGGGCUCCCUGCUGGACACCCUGCGGGAGGUGAAGCCCACCUUGUUCUACGGAGUCCCGUGGGUCUGGGACUGGCUGCUGGACCAGCUGAAGACCAGCCAGCUCUCCUCCGCCCCGUUCCGGAAGAAGAUCGACAAGUGGGCCAUGCAGCUAGGACUCAGGACCCUCAAGAGGCAGAUGAUUAAGCAGAUGCAUCCACAGGUGUGCUUGCGCCUGUUCAGGAAGCUGACCUUCUAUCUGGCCGAGAAGCUGACCUUCAACCAGGCCAGGAGUUUCCUGGGCCUGCACUACUGCCGGCAGCUCUUCAACAUGGGCAUGGGGCUCGCCGGGACCACCCUGGACUACUUCCUCAGUCUCAACAUGCCCAUCUUUCAGCUCUACGGCACGCCUGAGUGCACGGGGGUGCACACGCUCUCCACCCCAGGGCACUUCCGGCUGCUGAGUAGUGGGAAGGCUCUUCCUGGUGCCCACACCAAUAUUCAGAAACAAGACCAAGACGGCAUCGGGGACAUCCACAUUUGGGGCCGCAAUGUCUUCAUGGGGUACCUCAAUGAUGAGGAAAAUACCCAAGAGAAGAUUAACCUCCAAGGCUGGAUGCACACGGGUGACUUCGGUCUCUUGGACGCUGACAAUUUCCUCUACGUUUUGGGCAAUGUCGGGGACAUCAUCACCCUCAGCUCAGGCGAGAAGAUCAACCCAAACCCUAUUGAGGAGCGGGUGAAGAGGAACAUUCCCAUUGUGCGAUACGUCAUGCUGGUGGGCCAGGAAGCCCCCUACCUGUGUGCCCUGCUCACACUCAAGUGCCAGAUCAACACACAAACAGGGGAGCCCCGCGACUCCCUGACCAGCGAGGCCGUGGCUUGCUGCCGGCAGCUCAGGAGCCAGUCCACCAGGCUGUCAGACAUCAUCUACUACCGGGACCCCCUGGUCUUGGACUUCAUCAGCCAGGGCAUAGAUGCUGCCAAUGCAGAGGCCACCUCGGACAGCACCAAGAUCAUGAAGUGGAUCCUCCUGGACAUGGACUUCUCCAUUGCUGGCGGGGAGCUGGGGCUCAACACAAAACUGAAGAGGGCCAUUGUGGCCAAGAUGUACCAAACUGAGAUCAAAAGCUUUUACAGCGAGGAGAGUUUGUAUAGCUGAGAAAGACCUGUGAAGAAGGCCAUGUGGACCCCCUUCCCUCGGGGAGGGUCUGUGACCCCUGCCCUUCCUCUCCUUCUGGAGGGGAGGGGACCCUGCUCUGAGAGAUGCGCCCAGUGGGGGAGGAGCAUUUCACAUGUAAAUGUAAAAGAAUAAUAAAAGCAAUUUC